UUAAGUAUUGUUCAUUACUGCAAAAACAAGACACUUAGUGUAAUUUUUGCAAAAAAUAGUUGGUAAACACUGCAAGCAAAGACCACGCAAAAAUAUCCAUUCUCUGCUUAAACCACCAUGGGUGAACGCAAGGGACAGAACCACUACUACCCGCCGGAUUACGAUCCGAAAGUGGGUAGCUUGAACAAAUGGCACGGAACACACGCCUUGCGGGAGCGGGCCCGCAAAAUCCACCUGGGUAUCAUCAUUAUACGCUUCGAGAUGCCAUAUAACAUAUGGUGCGAUGGCUGCAAGAAUCACAUCGGUAUGGGCGUGCGAUAUAAUGCUGAAAAGACAAAAGUUGGAAUGUACUAUUCUACACCGGUUUACCAGUUUCGAAUGAAGUGUCACCUGUGUGACAACCAUUUCGAGAUAAAAACAGACCCUGCGAAUUUGGACUACGUAAUAGUGACGGGGGCGAGAAGACAGGAGAACCGAUGGGACCCAACGCAGAACGAGCAGAUUGUACCGGAAACGAAAGAGGUUCAGAAAAAGCUAUUCGAUGACCCUAUGUACAAACUGGAGCACGGUGCCAAAGAUAUCAAAACAGCGGAGGAUGCAAAACCCGUUUUGGGCAAGCUGUACGAGAGGAAUAGUAGCGUUUGGGAAGAUAACUUUGCGGCCAACAGUCGUCUGAGAGCAGAGUUUAGAGCUGCCAAAAAGCAAAUCAAACAGCAAGCUGACAAGGAUAAUGCUUUGCUAGCCAAAUCCAGUUUGGAUAUAUCCCUAGUUCCGGAAAGUGAAUCUGAUCGCAGGAUGGCCGCUUUGAUGCGCCUGUAUUCAGCUAAAUCAGUGGCAGAGAAAGAUCGUGAGCGGAGGGUGGCAAUUCUUACACGCCCAGCUUUGCCGUCCACUUCGACAGGAGAUAUUGCAAAAGUUAAGAUAGCCAGUGCUAAGCUGGAACCCAAAAGUCUAGGCAUAGUGAAAAGGCCUGCUCCGUCUUCGGCUGCAUUGACCUUGGCCGGAGUUGGUGAUAAAAAUGCCUCUACAAACGGUAAAUCAUUGUCGAAGAAACCCAAAUUGAUGCUUUGUGACUAUAGCUCGGGUUCUAGUGAUAGUGACUGAAAUUUGGUUGCAGUCAUUAAGUUAUGGUUUUGUAGUUAAAUUGCUUAAUAUGAAUGAAUGAAAAUGUGUGUAAUUUUUUGAGUGUGGCACUUUUUGAGCAAGUAUUGGUUAUCAAGAAUACUAAUUUCCUAAACGAAAAAUACGCACACAUUAUGCGCAUAAUCUAACAGGCAUUUUAUUUGUCAAACCAGUUAUCAGUUAAAUGCAUCAUGUUCAUUUUCAUUUGGUUCAUCUUGACAUUAUUCAGUUAAAAGUCUAUCAGUUAGCGAACGUCUAGUGCACUUCAAACAUUAUUCAAGUUUUUUACACAAAACCCACUAUGUGUGCCAAAAAUAAAGCAGCAGCUUAUAUAUUAUUAGUUUGAAUCAAUGGACGCAGUAGUUGAAAUCAAAAAUAAAAUGCCUUGAGGGGAUAGUGGGUAUCAUUAUUUGUUUGGAAAUUCGAAUGUAGUCUUUUCGUUUAAAACCGAAAUUUUGUGAAUGAAAAUGUGUUCACUGUGUUCCGGUAGGCAAGUAGAAUGCAAUGUACUAAUUUUCAUGAACGUAAUUUUGGUUUGGAACGAAACAAUUUCUUUUGAAUUUUUGAAAAUUAAUGACGCCCUCUUUCAACUUAAGAUAUUUUUGUGAAAGUAGGUGCGACUAAAACAAAUAGGUAAUGAUGUUUUUGAAAACAU